CCCUGCCACUGCGCUGCUGCCCCGGGCAGGCCCGCCCCUUUCCUCCUCCUAUGCCCGCGACAGCUCCAACCACUCCUCACUGUCGGCGAUGACUAGCUGGGUCUGAGGGACUUGGCUGCUGAGCAGCAGCAGCGGCGGCGGCGGCGUUGGUGGGGAGGGGGGCGGCGCGCCCGGGUCGGCCCGAGUGCGCAUGCUUCCGGUCCGCGGCGCCCCCGCUCGGGAGCGUUCGGCUCCGUUCGGCUAUUUCCGCCUCUUUGUUGUACAAACUCCCGACCGGAAUAAUUUUUUCCCUUCUAACCUUCUUCGAGCUCUCUUAAAAAUAACAACAACAAUAAUAAAAAGACCAAAAAAAUAAUCCUCCCCCACGAGCGCCUGAGGGGAGCGGGCUUCCUCCCCCCACCCCACCCGCGUGGCCGGCGCCGUCCUCGUUGCUACUGCUGCUGCUUCCUCCUUCUCCUCCUCCUCCUCCUCCUCUUCUCCCCCAGCCAGGUAUUCACCAUGUAAAUGUCACUGCACCCCAAGAUGCACUGAGGUCUCUGGAUGGCAGACUUUGAAAAGAAAUGCAGUUUUAAGAGCAAUUUGCAGAAUAAUUAGUGGAGAGCCUCUUAAAGAGAGAAUUAUAUUUAAUCAUUGGAAUAUGCACCACCCGGUUCUUCAGUCUGACAUCAGCUAGCAGCUUUUAUUCAGUUGCAUAUGUGUUCAGCAAGAAAGAAAGAAAACAUGACACCAAAGAUGCUGACGAGAAAGAUUAAGCUUUGGGACAUCAAUGCCCAUAUAACCUGUCGUCUUUGCAAUGGUUAUCUUAUUGAUGCUACCACUGUAACAGAAUGCUUGCAUACUUUCUGCAGGAGUUGCUUGGUAAAGUAUUUGGAGGAAAAUAACACCUGUCCCACGUGCAGAAUAGUUAUACACCAGAGCCAUCCACUACAAUAUAUUGGUCAUGACAGAACGAUGCAAGAUAUUGUUUACAAACUUGUUCCAGGUCUUCAAGAAGCGGAAAUGAGAAAGCAGAGGGAGUUCUACCACAAAUUGGGCAUGGAAGUACCAGGUGACAUCAAAGGGGAGACGUGCUCAGCAAAGCAACAUUUAGAUUCUCAUCGUAAUGGGGAAACAAAAGCAGAUGAAAGUACAAACAAAGAAACAUCGGAAGAGAAACAGGAAGAAGAUAAUGAUUAUCACAGAAGUGAUGAACAGGUAAGCAUCUGCUUAGAAUGCAACAGCAGCAAAUUGCGUGGAUUGAAGAGAAAAUGGAUUCGCUGCUCAGCACAAGCUACAGUCUUGCAUCUAAAGAAGUUCAUUGCCAAAAAACUUAACCUUUCUUCUUUUAAUGAGCUGGAUAUAUUAUGCAAUGAAGAAAUUCUGGGCAAGGACCACACUCUCAAAUUUGUAGUUGUUACAAGAUGGAGAUUUAAGAAAGCACCUCUACUGCUACAUUACAGACCCAAAAUGGACUUGCUGUAAGAACUAUUUUGUCCUUCUGGACGGUUUUUUGCAGAGACUAUCAUUGGGCACCUUCUUAGUGCAUCACGCAGUUCACCCGUGACACAGACCAGCAGAAUCCAUUCCCGAGAACAGUAGUGCUCUCCCAUCCAACUAUCACCAAUAUUUCUUCUAGGGAUGCAUUAACUCGACUUUCUGGACAGAAAAAUAUUUAUACUUUUUUCUACAAAAAUGGAAAUCUCAGCUCGAGAGGACACUACCAGCAUGAAGUUUACAGGCAUCAAAAACACUUCACAGUUCCCUGUAUGUAGCUUGGUUCCUGAUCACCCUCUUGCAAUGACACAAAAUAGGUUAAAGUAUUGUGAAGGAGAUAAUUUAUGAUUUGUUACCAAACAACUUGGGGCUGCUUCACAAUUUAACUUCAAUGUGGCAUUUAAAAAAAAAAAAUCUUUUGCAAGGUUUCCUGUCUCUUAUACCUCAUGGCUAUCUUGUCUGUUCGUAAGCCCUUCGUAGAAUAUUUAACAUUGACAAGAUCUAAUGGCUGGCAGUGACUUUGCUGCAUUACAUUGUUUUGGAUUAUGCUCUGUUGUCUCUCUGCCGACUCACUUGAUGAGGCUAUUGGAAAGAGUUUCAGAUUUUUUCCAUUUUGUUGCAGUUUUAAUGGGUCACAUCAAAAUGCUGAGCAUUUAGAACGAACCUUCUUGGUGGAAUAUGUGGCUUUCCUAGCUGGGGCUGAUAUCAGACUGAGGGAUUUGCCUUUCAGUAAACAAGCCGUUUGCAGCCUUAACUACUUGAA